GUCGCAUUCUCUCCAUGGUUUCAUCCCAGAAAUUUUGGCAAAUGAUGAAGGGGAAGACACCCAGUUCGUUCCUCUUCAUCUUCUCAUUGCUUUCCAUCAUCGUCAUCAAUGGAGAUGGGUCUCUCUUUGUUAACUCAAACCCUGAUCACGACGAUGAAGGUUCCAUGACUUUCGAGCUAAUCCACAGGGACUCUCCCAAAUGGCAUGGGAACCAUCAAAAGCCUCCCAAAAGCCAAAGACAACUCAUCAUAGAGCGUCACCUCCGUGAUAUUAAUCGCCAAGAGGCUAUAUACCCGCUACGAAAGGACGGCAUUAAAUUGAAGAUGGAGUCGGGUGCAGAUUUGGGUACUGGGGAGUACCUGGCCGAAGUAAAAAUUGGAACCCCUCCCAAGAAAUACACGUUGGUUUUAGAUACAGGGAGUGACCUCACAUGGGUCAAUUGCAGAUAUGACUGUAAAGAUUGUCAGCAUGCACGAUACAGAGAUGAGUUUUAUGGAGAACAGGAUAAAUUUUAUAGAGGAGACGGUGACAAGGGCGUCAAUGUAUUUCAGGCCCACCGAUCUUCGAGUUUCAAACCUGUACCAUGCGAUUCUAAACAGUGCCGACGUGGGCUUCAGGAAAUGGGGUCCAUGACUGUCUGCCCUCACCCAUCGUCGCAUUGCAUGUAUAAAAUCAGCUACUUGGGAGGGCAACUUGCAUUAGGUUUCUUCGGCGAAGAGAUUUUAAGAGCACCCCUCACUACAACCGGUAGGACUCUAAAGCUGCAACACAUGGUAAUUGGCUGCACAGAGACGGUCGUUAAGGGACUGAAAGCUGAUGGCAUAUUGGGUUUGGGGUUUGCCCAAAGCUCGUGGGCGGAUAAAACUGGUAGGAACUUCGGUCCCAAGUUCUCUUAUUGCCUGAUGUCUUUUGACAACCACAUGAACGUGACAAGUUAUAUCACAUUUGGUGCCAACAAGAAAGCUGCAUGGCACCCCCCUUUGACACGCUUCAAAUUUUUUUUGCCGUCCUCUGGUCAGUAUGGCGUGAAAAUUGUGGGCAUAUCCGUUGGGGGAAAACUACUAGACAUACCAAGUCAUAUAUGGAGAUAUGAUAACGUUACUGGUGGCGGGACAGUUUUUGAUUCAGGCACAAGCAACUCAUGGCUGGCCUGGCCAGCUUACGACGCUGUUAUGGCUGAAUACAUAAAGGCUCUCUCAAAAUACGAAAGGUUAAAACGAGAUCCGAAGCUCCCAUUUGAGUUUUGCUUCAAGUCAACAGGAUUGGAUUGGUCUUCUGUGCCAAAAUUCACAUUUCAUUUUGCAAAUGGAGCUGUAUUUGAGCCACCAUUGUGGAACGUCAUUCCUGAAGUAGUUAACACCGGCGAAAGGUGUGUGGCGAUUGUCAAGUCUAACACGUACGUUGGCUCUCUGAUUGGCAACAUAAUGCAGCAAAACUUUCUGUGGGAGUUUAAUUUAGAGGAGCAGACAAUCGGUUUCACUCCUUCCAGUUGCAUCUAGUUUAUUAUUUGUUCGAUCAAAUUUUGAAUUCAUUAAUUCAUCUACUACUUUGUAUUUGUAAUUCUGUUUCUACAUUAUAUGUAACUGCGUAUUUAAUUCUUUGCUUUGUACUUGUAAUCCUGUUUCUACAUUAUAUAUAACUGCGUAUUAAAUUCUUCUUGCAUCA